CAAUAACUGACUGACUGACCCAUCCCGGCGCAUCACGAGAGGAGCAGAAAUUGAAAGGAAGAGAACAACGAGGACGGAGGAGGAAGCCCCGAUUUCUGAUGAUCUGAUGGACUGAGAGGGCAGAUGAAUGAAGACUGCCUACACUAACGCCUAUCGAUGCCUGGCCAAGGACCUGGACGCGUACGCCAUGAACACGGACAUGACAAUGGACGGCAUCGGCAGCCUGCACGGCGGGGUGUCGGUGAGCGCCGUGGCCGCUGACGCGGAGCUGCUGAGCGGCCACAGUCCGCACCACCAGGUCCGGGGGGGCAGCUCGUCCGUCACCGCGGCGGCUGCCGCCCUGCGGAUCCACCAGGACCUGGCCUCCCGCACGGCCAUGGUGUCCGGCAUGGCGUGCAGCCUCCUGGACGGCGGCAGCGGGGUCGGGGUCGGGGAGUACCGGCCGGAGCUGUCGCUGCCGCUGCACCACGCCAUGAGCGUGCCCUGCGACGCAGCAGCAGGCUCCUCUCCCGGGAUGGGGAUGAGCGGCACCUACACCACCCUGACCCCGCUGCAGCCGCUGCCCCCCAUCUCCACGGUGUCGGACAAGUUCCCCCACCACCAUCAUCAUCAUCACCACCAGCACCAGCGGAUCUCCGCCGGGAACGUCAGCGGGAGCUUCACCCUGAUGCGAGACGAGCGGGGGCUGCCGGGCAUGAGCAGCAUCUACAGCCCCUACAAGGACCACCUGUCCGGGAUGGGUCAGAGUCUGUCCCCGGUGCUGGGCAACGGCCUGGGGUCCUUACACAACACCCAGCAGGGUCUCAACUAUGGCACGGCCACGACGCACGACAAGAUGCUGAACUUCGACGCGCACCACCCCGCCUCCAUGCACCAGCACCGGGGCCUCGGGGGCCCCUCCGCCGGGAUGAUGCCUCACCUCAACGGCAUGCACCACCCGGGGCAUGGGUCCUCGGCCGGCCACCACCACCCCCAUCAUCUCCACCAGUCUCCAUCCUCCCACGGGCCCGUGUUGGCUUCUUCCACCCGGGACCGGCCGCCCUCCUCCUCCUCGGGGAUAACGCCCGGCGCGCAGGGCUCGGGCCAGCUGGAGGAGAUCAACACCAAGGAGGUGGCGCAGAGAAUCACGGCCGAGCUGAAGAGGUACAGCAUUCCCCAGGCCAUCUUCGCUCAGAGGGUGCUGUGCCGCUCCCAGGGGACCCUGUCGGACCUGCUGAGGAAUCCCAAACCGUGGAGUAAACUAAAGUCGGGCCGGGAAACGUUCCGGAGGAUGUGGAAGUGGUUGCAGGAGCCCGAGUUUCAGAGGAUGUCGGCCCUCAGACUGGCAGCUUGCAAACGGAAGGAACAGGACACGGCGAAAGACCGGAACAACCCACCAAAGAAGUCGCGGCUCGUCUUCACCGACCUGCAGCGGCGCACCCUGCUGGCCAUCUUCAAGGAGAACAAGCGUCCGUCCAAGGAGAUGCAGCUCACUAUCUCCCAGCAGCUGGGGCUGGAACUCACCACCGUCAGCAACUUCUUCAUGAACGCCCGCCGCCGGAGCCUGGACAAAUGGACAGACGACGGUGCCAGCCCCGGCGGCCAAUCUUCAGCGUCCAGCACUUGUACCAAAGCAUGAUAAGGCGAGG